GCCUACAGCAGCCCUCUUGUCCGCUUCUCAGUGGAUACAGAGAUUUUUUAGGAGCAGCGGUUAUUCCUCCAUUGAAGGAAUCUACUUUUAGCUACAAUGGUGGAGGCUCAGAGCAAACCCAUGAAUGGGGUUAAUGGGAUCCAUAACCACAACAAACAAGAUGAAGCUGAUUUUGACCCAAGUGCCCCUCCUCCCUUUAAGAUAGCUGAGAUCCGCGCUGCCAUUCCCAAACACUGUUGGAUCAAGAAUCCAUGGAGGUCUAUGAGUUAUGUCUUCAGGGAUUUGUUUGUGAUAUUUGCAAUGGCAUCUGCUGCCAUUUACUUGGAAAGUUGGUAUCUUUGGCCAGUUUACUGGGCUGCUCAAGGAACCAUGUUCUGGGCUCUGUUUGUUCUUGGACAUGAUUGUGGCCAUGGAAGCUUUUCAGAUAGUCGAACGCUGAACAGUGUUGUGGGGCAUAUUUUGCAUUCUGCAAUUCUUGUACCUUAUAAUGGCUGGAGAAUCAGCCACAGAACUCACCAUCAGAACCAUGGACAUGUUGAGAAUGACGAGUCUUGGGUUCCUCUGACUGAGAAGGUUUAUUCAAGUUUGCAUGAAAGUACAAGAAAAUUCAGAUUCAGAGUGCCAUACCCCAUCUUUGCAUACCCUUUCUAUCUGUGGACUAGAAGUCCAGGAAAGCAAGGUUCUCAUUUCAAUCCUUACAGUGGCUUGUUUGCCCCAAAUGAAAGGAAAGAUGUGAUAACUUCAACUGUUUGCUGGACAAUGAUGGUUGCCCUGCUCCUCUAUCUGUCCUAUGUAGUAGGCCCUGUCCAAAUCCUCAAGCUCUACUGUGUCCCUUACUGGAUUUUCAUUAUGUGGAUUGAUUUGGUCACCUAUUUGCAUCACCAUGGUUACGAUCAAAAACUUCCCUGGUACCGUGGCAAGGAAUGGAGUUAUCUACGGGGAGGCCUCACAACCGUUGAUCGUGAUUAUGGAAUGUUCAAUAACAUCCACCAUGACAUUGGCACUCAUGUGAUACAUCAUCUCUUCCCUCAAAUCCCACACUAUCACCUAGUGGAAGCUACCAAGGCAGCCAAGCCAGUUCUGGGAAAGUACUAUCGGGAGCCAAAGAAAUCUGGACCAUUUCCGGUUCACUUGAUCGAUAAUCUAAUGACAAGCAUGAGCAAUGAUCACUAUGUUAGUGACACUGGAGACAUUGUAUACUAUCAGACUGACCCUAAGCUUUUCAAAAGUCUUAAGAGCAAGUCUAGUUGAUUUUGUUUUUUGGUUAGCUCAAUUGAGAUGGCAGAUAUGAAUUGUGUUCUGUAUUGCAUUAUCUGCUGAAAAACCUUGAGAAGGAUAGCUGUAUUUGAUGAUUUGUUAGUUUCUAGCAAAUAAACAUGUUUUUGUCAA